AUGGUCUCUAUGUGAAAAAAUUAGCAGCAGCAGCAGCAGCAGCCUGUAAAUGAGCGAAAGCGCGCGCGCAGCAGUGCAGCUUAAACACCUCCAAAUGCGCAAAACUCUGUAACUCUCUCCAUGAACCUCACACACACCCGGAAUGGACUGCACUAUUAAGGAAGCUCUGGCGGUAGUGAGUGAGGAUCAGUCCAUAUUUGAGCCGACGUUUGGAAGCAUGAAGUCCGAGAUCACGUCUCCGGUGGCACAGGCCGGAUUCAGACAGGGAUCAGAGGAAAGCACCGAGUCUGAGUGGACGAACACGUCAGCCAACAAUCCUGCGAAGAAAAAUGAGCACGUCAACGGUGCUAGUCGUGAGUCUCCAGUGGAGGUCAGCGGUGCUAAAAGAAGUCGCCACAUCAGCAGUAGUGACGGAGGACAACAGCCGUAUCAGCCGCCGUACCAGGAGCCCAGGACGAGUCCACAGAGCACCACGGAGGAGAAAAGAGUCAUCGUCCCUGCAGACCCGGAGGUUUGGACUCAGGACCAUGUGCGUCAGUGGGUGGAGUGGGCGAUUAAAGAGUACAGCCUGGUGGAUGUGGACGUGUCCCUCUUCCUCCCACUGGAUGGCAAGACGCUCUGCAAAAUGACGAAAGAGGACAUGAUGCGUCUCACGUCGCUUUACAACACUGACGUCCUGCUGUCACACCUCAACUACCUCCGCCAGAGCAGUCCGACCUUCUCGUACCCAACAACCCCCACCAACACACAGCCCCCGCCGAGACUACAGGUCAAAGCCGAAAACAGUUUUGAGGAAAUCAGCAGGAGAAACAGCUGGCCGUCAGGAGCCAUGUCAGUUCCUAAAGGUUCCCCAGUGGAGCAGCAACACAACAGCAGGAUCACAGAACCUUCAACCAGAAUCACUCAAGAUCCAUACCAAGCGUUAGGGCCGAUCAGCAGCCGCCUCGCUAAUCCAGGUUCAGGUCAGAUCCAGCUGUGGCAGUUUUUGCUGGAGCUCCUGUCGGACAGCAGCAACUCCACUAUCAUCACCUGGGAGGGAACGAAUGGCGAGUUUAAGAUGACCGACCCGGACGAAGUGGCCAAGCGCUGGGGCGAGCGUAAGAGCAAACCCAACAUGAACUACGACAAGCUGAGCCGCGCCCUGCGCUACUACUACGACAAGAACAUCAUGACCAAAGUGCACGGCAAGCGCUACGCCUACAAGUUUGACUUCCAGGGCAUCUCUCACGCGCACCAGAGCCACCCGAGCGAGGGCAGCAUCCUCAAAUACCAGGCUGAGGUGCCCUACGUCCAGAGCUACCACAGCCACCAGCCCAAAGUGAACUUCAUGAGCACGCACACCGGCACCAUGCCCGUGUCCUCGGGCAGCUUUUUCCCUCCUGCCACCAACUACUGGAACUCGGCGACCAGCGUCGUUUAUCCCAGCUCUCCCAUGCCUCGACACCCGGCCACACACUCACAUUUAAACUCUUACUAUUAAAUUCACACCCAGAAUAAAUUCAGUGUCCAGGGGAUUUGUUCUAACAGAGUUACUGUUACCGUGUGGAGAUUUUUGUCAUAGAAAAGACUGUUUUUAAUCCUCCAGCACAACAAAAAAACAAGAUUUGGUUGUUGGUCUUAUUAUUAUUAUUAUUAUUAAUAUAUGUAGUAUAUAAAUUGUCCCUAUUUUACUACUAACUGAUCCACAGAUUUUAUUUAGAGCUUGACUCUUAUUCAGUUAAAAACAAAUAAACCAUAAAACCAUUGGAGGAAAAAACAAAAAAACUCACUUAAGGAACAAAAACAGCGAACAGGACCAAAAAAAGAGACUUUUCUUAAGACCUCUCAGCAUUUAACUGCUCUAGUAAACCUGGACUGAAACCUGCUGUGCUGAGAGAGAGAGGAUUUAUUUCCUUGUUAAUAUAAAAGAUUAUUUUUGACAGACAGCUACUGCAGUCUGAUGGAGAGAGAGAGAAUAUUUUAUACCCAGAGACACCUUCACUUCUGAGCUUGUUUCAUCAGAAUUAUUUAGAUAAAUCAUUUGCUCAGCUUCACUGAGAUAAAUUCCAUCUCAGAUCAAAGCUUUAUUUUUUACCUAAAAGAGAAUAAAAAGGAUUCAGUGAGAAAAUGGAGAGUGCAAACAGCAAAUACAGGACAGUUUGAGUCGUGACCCAACGGUUACUAUUUGAUUACGUUUAUAGAUUCGGACGCUGAUUUUUAUUCUUACGUGUGAUGCGGAAUCUGGAAUGUGGAUCUCUGGGAUUCAAACAAACAACCUUCUGGUCAGCAGAGAAGAACCGCAAACCCGAGGAGGUCCAAAACAGAAGAUUACAGGACUGUUUAAAACAGACUUUCUUUAUGAUAUACACAUUUUUAUUGAAUAUAUAUUACUUGUAGCAGUUAAACUCAUAACACACACACACACACACACACACAGUGUAUAUAAUAUUUUUUGCUUGUGUACAAAAGCAAAAAGGCUGGAGAUUACAAAUGCAUCCAUCUGAAUUUUGUUUUUUAUUCUGUAUUGUUUAAGGACAUUGUACAGAUAUUUUGUCUCAACACAAUAUCACAGCUUUAUUAUGGAUUAUGGAAUGAUUUUUUAAACCAAUAAAAUAUACAUGUAUCUCA